AUGGAGAAGUAUACUGAUUUGCAGCACCCGUCGUACGUUCCGGGCACAUUCAAUAUCUAUUCGAAUGGCCCUGUCGAGGGAGACUCGCUUGCCAGGCAAGCGCUAGGUAUUAAGAAGGAUCGCAACGGUGUUGUGCUGGUGCCCCAGCCGUCGGAUUCGCCGAACGACCCACUUAAUUGGUCGUAUUGGCGGAAAAUCAUGCACUUUGCACUGAUGGCGUUUAUCACCGCGUUCACGGCAGCCACCAGUAACGACGCAGGCGCCACGACCGAGUCCCUGCAUAGCAUCUAUGGGAUCACAUAUGAUUCGAUGAACGUUGGCGCUGCGGUAUUGUUCCUGGGGGUGGGGUGGUCUGCUCUGCUUUUUUCACCUUUGCCUUCGCUUUUCGGACGCAAGUUGACGUAUAUGAUCUGCAUCACACUUGGGCUCUUUGGAGCCAUGUGGUUCGCGUUGGCGACGAAAACUGGACAUGUAAUUUGGUCGCAAUUGUUUGUUGGCAUGAGCGAGUCCUGUGCGGAGGCACACGUGCAGCUGUCGCUGUCGGACAUCUUUUUCCAGCACCAGCUAGGGUCUGUUUUGACAGUUUAUAUUAUGGCAACCUCUGUCGGUACCUUUCUGGGCCCGUUAAUUGCUGGCUACAUUGCAUCUUUGACGAACUUUCGGUGGGUGGGAUGGUGUGCCGUAAUCAUCUCGGCAUUCCUACUGUUAUGGAUAGUUUUCGGCUGCGAGGAAACAUACUUUGAUCGCAGGCUCUACCAAACACCGCUCACGGUUGUUGCCGGGCAUUCCACCGACGAAGAGGACAAUAAAUGCAGUGCAUGCGCAGGGACCACCACCGGUGCCGAGAAGCGGUCUCUCGCCUAUGCGAGCAACACGGAACUCAAUGAGCGCGUGGUCAUGCUUAAUACGCAGUUGAUAGAUGGGUCCGAGGAACCACCGAAACGGUAUUUUAGGCGCAUCCGGCUCAUUACGCGUGCAACGAACUUCAGGGGCUGGGGGGUAAAGCAGUACUUCAAGUAUCUGGGACUGAACUUGCGGAUGUUUCUGUUUCCGCCUGUGUGGCUGUCCGGGCUUUAUUGGGGGACCCAGGAUGUGUUUCUAUCUUUCUACCUGACAACACAGGAUACAAACUUCUACGACGAGCCGUGGAACUAUAGCACUUACCGUGUGGCUAUCAUGAAUGUCCCCACCCUGCUCGGCGCAGUCGUCGGCUGCAUGUACGCAGGCGUUAUCAGCGACGUAUUUGUUCUCUGGCUUGCACGCCGCAACAAUGGGAUCCUCGAAGCUGAGUUCCGCCUCUACUUCGCUGCAGUUGCCGGUAUCGCCGGUACUCUCGGUCUCAUCCUGUUCGGGUAUGGUGCAGCCCGCGCGCUGCCGUGGCAGACAGUUUACAUCGGGCUUGCGUUCAUUGGUUUCACCUGGGGUUCCUUCGGCGAUAUCGCCAUGGCAUAUCUCAUGGACUGCUACCCCGAGAUGGUGCUGGAAGGCAUGGCCUGCACUGCAGUGAUCAACAACACGCUCUCUUGCAUAUUCACACUCACCUGCUCCUAUCUCCUGGACACGUAUGGUAACAAAUCCACCUAUCUGGCUCUUGGCCUCCUGAACUUGGGGAUUACCUUGCUCGCUGUUCCAAUGUUCUUAUAUGGCAAGCAGAUCCGUACCUGGAGUAAGCCGUGGUACAUCCAGUCCGUCCAGAUCAGAGACGCGCUAUGA